AUGAACCUAAUUUCGAUUUGUACUAUUUCAAUCACAUUGCUCAGCUUAAUUCCAUUGAUUUUCUGCAAGACGAAAGAGAACUUUCGUGGUGAACAUCCGAAUACUUUGAGACAAAGAAGACGUCGGAGGAAGGAGCAGAAACUGAAGGAGAAUACGCCGCCAACCCCAACACCACCAGAGACUCAAAAAUCUGCAACACCUGAAACAAAGUCUGAAAAAGUUGAGAAAAAAGAAAAAGAGGAAAAAUCGGUGGAGCCAACCCAAAGUGACCCGGACCCUGAGGCAAAAUCGAUGCUCAAAAAAUCCAAAGAAUUUUCAGGAAAAAAUAAGCAGAAAUUGCAAGAAAGCAAGGAAUCGGGUAGAAAGAGAUCUCGAGAACCGGUUACAGCCAAAGAAAAAAGUAUGAUGAAGACGACUCAAAAAAAGAAUGGACCCCGAUCAGAGUACAUGGAGGAUCAGAAUGAGGAUGAGACAAUGAUAGGAGUCAAGAGUAUUGAGUGA